UGAAGUCUCCGAUGAAAUUGGAUGACAUAGAAAAAGAUUUGUUAGUCAUACAUCUGGCAUGAGCGAAAUGGCUACCCAAGCAAAAUAAUAGUGUUAGAUUUCUCCGGAUAACAUUCCGGGCCUCACCACUCGCGAUCCAUGCGAGAUCAUACGCAAAGAUAAAUCACGACAUGCUUACCUCCCAAUUUCUCGGUCCAUUAGAUGCGGAAUGUCUGAAAGCAUAUUCUAUUGAGCUACAUCUUUCGUCACAGAUUCUUAUUCUUUGCCCCCAAAAUCACUUCAAAUGCUUGAUUUAUUUACAGAACAAAUAUCUAGUGCACUAUGCUCUAGCUUAUCAGCCAUGGCUUCCUGUCGUAACGCUUCAAGCAGGGGAAUUGCAAAUAAUGACGCUGGGCGUCAAAUUGGAUUAGUUUCAACUAAAUUAACAAGGCAUUCCUUUCGCAACUUGGGUGUGGAAAGAAAAACCCCCAAAAGUUGCUCUGCAAGCCGGUUUCCAGUGACGAGGCGACUCAUAGCCAUCAAAGCAGUAUCUAUCAUCGAUGCCCCUGUUCAGAGCUCUUCCCCGCUGUCAAAUUUAGAACAAGAACUCCGCGAUUUAAAGAUUGUACAAGCCAAGCUUCGAGCUGCCAAGACUGAACGUGACAAAAUUGAGAUCAUAAACCGGCAACGACGAGUAACGUCUUUCUUGGAGAGAAAGGAACAACUGAAAGACCUUUUCGAUUUUGAAAAGUUGGGAGAACGUCAAUUUUAUCUGCUGAAAUGUCUUGUGGCCAUAGGGCAAGAACACGUUUUGUUUAUAGAACAGUCUUGGUUGGACCUGAAACAGGGGCCAGAAAAUGGAGGGCAGGUCCGCAGCUCUAGCCCGCUUAAGAAUGCCUUAUAUGUUUUGCUAAGUAUGAUUGACAACUGGGAGAAGACGGGGAAUUACGCUAAAAACCACAUGUUUUUGAAUUUAAAGACAGGUGAAAAUAGCGUCAAAACAGUUCAUGCAAAAAAUAAGACUUGGAAGGAGGAGAUAUCCCAUGCGCUGGACGGGCUUCUUACUACUCUUGAGGAUGUGGAGACAUUUUAUGAUUGCAUUGGAGGAAUUGUCGGGUACCAAGCUGCAGUUUUGGAACUUAUCUUGGCCUCAAAAAAAGAAUGGCAUUCUUUAAGCAGUCAAUUCCAUCAAGAGUUUUCUGUUUCAAGCUCAUUGAAUGAGUGCUAUGUUCCUCUUGGACCAGAUCUUUCAAAGAACAUAGAGUAUGCAGCUCAAGCUGCUGUUUGGGGUAUUGAGGGGUUACCAGAGUUGGGAGAAGUUUAUCCUCUUGGAGGUUCUGGAGAUAGGCUUGGAUUGAUUGACAAAGAGACAGGCCAUUCUCUUCCCGUAGCAAUGCUUCCGUAUUGUGGUCGGACUUUGUUGGAGGGACUUAUUAGAGAUUUGCAGGCAAGGGAGUUUCUUUACUACAAAAUAUAUGAAAAACAACAUAUCACUCCUGUGGCAAUUAUGACGAGUGCAGCGAAAGACAACCACAAACACAUCAUGGCACUUUGUGAAAAGCAUGAGUGGUUUGGUCGAGGAAGAAGGAGCUUUCAAUUGUUUGAACAGCCACUGGUACCAACCGUUGAUGCAGAUGAUGGGAAGUGGGUGAAAAGCGAGCCUUUUAAAUUGGUACUUAAGCCAGGAGGCCAUGGUGUCAUAUGGAAGCUCGCUAGUGAUAAAGGAAUUUUUAACUGGUUUUACAGUCAUGGUUGUAAAUCUGCAACAGUUCGGCAGAUCAGUAAUCCAGUUGCUGCUACUGAUGUAACUCUUCUUGCCUUGGCUGGCAUAGGUCUUCACAACGGAAAGAAACUUGGUUUUGCCUCAUGUCAACGCCGUGUUGGUGCUACUGAGGGAGUAAAUGUUUUGUUGGAACGUAAUACAAUUGCUGGAUGUUGGGAAUAUGGUUUAACCUGCAUUGAAUAUACAGAGUUCGAUAAGUUGGGUAUUAUAGAUGCUCCUGUUUCACCUGGAAGUGUGCAGGCACAAUAUCCAGCUAACACCAAUGUUCUUUAUGUUGACUUGGCCACUGUUGAGCGGAUUGGAUCCAGCAAAAGUGAAGCAUCCUUACCAGGAAUGAUUUUGAACUUGAAGAAGCCUAUUAUCUAUGAGGACUAUCUUGGAGUAAAACACAGGGUUAAAAUGAGCAGUAUAUAUGCUGGAAGACUUGAAUGUACAAUGCAAAAUGUUGCUGAUUCACUAUUCACAAGUUUCCCUAAUAGGUGCUUUUCUAAUGUUCAAGAAAAUUUGGAUACAUUUAUCGUCUACAAUGAAAGGCGUAAGGUCACAUCGUCUGCUAAAAAAGAAAGGAAAGCGAAGGACAAAUCUUUACAUCAGACUCCAGAUGGAUCAUUUUUGGAUGUCAUGAGGAACGCAUAUGAUCUUCUUGUAUCUUGUAAUAUUCAAAUGGACAAGGUUGAAGAUAAUGCCUCGUACCUCAAUUCUGGACCACCUUUCCUUGUUUUCCUUCAUCCUGCUCUUGGACCUCUUUGGGAGGUUACCAGGCAGAAGUUUCAUGGAGGUUCCAUUGCAAAAGGUUCUGAGCUACAACUGGAAAUUGCAGAAUUUUCAUGGGUGGAUGUGCAGCUUGAUGGAAGUCUAAUUAUUUUGGCUGAAAACAUAAUGGGGUUUAAAAAAGCUUUAGAAAAUGAAGACCCUGUGUUGCAGUAUGGACAACAGUGUGGAAAAUGCAGACUACAGAAUGUGAAGAUUUCAAACAAAGGAGUUGAUUGGAAAUCAUCAGAAAAUGUAUAUUGGCAGCAGAAAGUUCACAGAUUGGAAACCGUGAAGAUUGUGCUUCAUGGAAAUGCAGAGUUUGACGCAUGUGAUGUGGUACUAGAGGGAGAUCAUUUCUUUGAAGUUCCUGAUGGUCAUCGGCUCCAGAUUACUAGUGGGGAUUCAGGUUUAUCUAGUACGAUGAAGCCUAUAAUUGAUGAGAUGUCAAUAUGUGGAAGUUGGUAUUGGAAGUAUACAUUAGACAAUUCCCAUUUUAACUUGGAAAUGGUUGAACUUUGAAAUCUCUUCCUUCUAUUUGAAAUGCUUGAUGAUGUACAUAGAGAAGAAGCCUUGUAAUAGUAGUCAAGGAUAGCUCAACUCCUAGUUGAACACAUUAUAAUCUUAUUCUUUUACCAAUAUAAAUGCACAAGUUGAACCAAAGUUCAACUGCAUGGAAUGUAACUUUUAAAUCAAAAAACGUUAAUUCUUUUGUAAGGAUGUACAUAUAAUUUUUAUUUGAAAUGGUUAAGAUGUAGUUCAACUCUUGGGAAACAUGCCAUCACUUAUUUUUCAA